GAGGGAGAGAGAGACAGACGAGGAGGGGGAUGGGACACGUCUUUGUAUAGCAGAACGAGGCUUGUGCAGAAACAGACCCAUAGAGAUACCCAAUAUCUGUGCCACUGGCAGCCGCACACACACUUGUACCCACAGCAUCUCUGACACAGAGAGAGAGAGGCUGAGAUUCCCAAAAACAGGGUGACCCACCCAAGGGUGCCACAGGCACAGAGACACUGGUCCUCCCUGCUCCAUCAGCAUCACUCAGCACCCCGGGAGAAGGAACAUGGGUGCAUCGGAGAGAUUAAAGACCAGCCUUCUGCAUGUCAGCUGUCUCCUUCUGUUGGGUGCACAGUGUCUUUCAGCAUGGCGACCUCAGCUGGCUUUAUUCUGUGGCCGAGUUCCACUUCAUAUGAAUCUGGCCAAUGGCCAGUGGGUGUCGGACCCCCAAGGAAUUCCCAGCUGUAUUGGGAGCAGCAAAGAUGAGAUUCUCAAAUACUGCCGAGAGAUUUACCCUGAGCUACAAAUCACAGGAGUCGCAGAAGCCGCUCAACCGGUGACAGUGACAAACUGGUGUCAGAGCCAGAGGUCAGAGUGCAAAGGUCACCAGCAUAUAGUGGUUCCGUAUCACUGCCUGGUGGGCGAGUUCAUCAGCGACGCCCUCCUGGUACCGGACAAAUGCCGAUUCCUUCACCGCGAGCAGAUGGAUGUGUGUGAGAGUUAUCAGCACUGGCACGAGACUGCCCGAACGGCAUGUGCCGCCGAGGAGCUGGAUCUGCACAGUUAUGGAAUGCUGCUCCCAUGCCGUCUUGACCGUUUCCGAGGGGUGGAAUAUGUAUGUUGCCCCACCCGCAACCCCCCGCAGGUGGAACCUACCCAAGGUCUCCCCAGCACCACACCUGAAACAGAGGAACCAGAGAGAGAGGAUGAAGUGGAGAUUGAAGAGGACAAUGUGGAAGUGGUGGAGGAAGGUGAAGAAGACAUUGCUGGGGAGGAGACUGACCAACACACUCCCGCCAUAUGGGAUGACUAUUUUGUUGGACCUGGAGAUGAAGAGGAGACUACGAGUGCUGCCCCCACUCUACCCCCUGAGGUUAAAGUCUCCCGCCCCACGGACGGAGUCGAUAUCUACUUUGAGUCACCUCGGGAGGGAUCAGAACACGCCAAUUUCCUCCGAGCCAAAAUGGAGCUGGAAGAACGUCGCAUGAAGCAAAUUAAUGAGGUGAUGAAGGAAUGGGCUGAGGCAGAUUAUCAAGCAAAAAAUCUUCCCAAAUCUGAUCGGCAGGCAAUAAAUGAGCACUUCCAGACCAUCCUGCAGACCCUGGAGGGCCAAAUCUCUGCUCAGCGGCAGCGCCUGGUUGAGACCCAUCUGGGCCGUGUUGUUGCCUCUCUUAAUGAUAACCGCCGGGGGGCUCUGGAGAACUACUUGGCCAGCGUUCAGGCUACACCCCUAGAUCCGGAGCGAGUUCUGCUGGCGCUGAAGCGAUACAUCCGGGCCGAGCAGCGAGACCAGCGACACACGGUCAGACACUACCAACAUGUGAGCAGCGCCGAGCCCGACCGAGCAGAGACCAUUCAGUUCCAGGUUCUCACACACCUGCGGGUCAUUGAGGAACGAGUGAACCAAUCUUUGUCUCUUCUGUACCGCAACCCCCAACUGACUCCUGAGCUCCGGGAUCAGAUCGAGAGUUGGCUGCGCACAGAGUGGGUGGGGGCAGGAGACCUCCUCAGUUCGACGCAGAAGAAGAUGAAUGAGGACAGUGACUACCCUGAGAUUCGAGUGCCCCCCCAGAACUCGGCAGAGACGUCUCAGGGUGAGGAUUCGCAGCAGAUCGAGAGGAAAGGCUCUGCAGUUUGGGAUCUCUACUCGGAUUUCCCCCCCAGUGAGCGCACACUCACUUUCCCCGGGCCAAAGGAUAACGGAUCUGUGAAGCAAGUUCACUACCAGUCUGAGGACAUUCAGCGAGACCAGUUGGAGCCAGAUACGCUGGUCACUUUUAACCGCGGCGCAUUGAUUGGUCUGCUGGUGGUGGCAGUGGGCGUGGCUAUGGUGAUCAUCAUUAGCCUUCUCCUGAUACGACGCAAGCCCUACGGCACCAUAAGCCACGGAAUCAUAGAGGUGGAAGCUUCCAGGAGCCCCGAGGACAAGCACUUAAGUAAGAUGCAGAACCAGGGCUAUGAGAACCCAACCUACAGAUACCUGGAAGAGAAUAACUGAGCAUGAGCGUGGGGGUGGUCUGGCUUAUACUAUUUGGGGCACAGGGGUGGGACUUUGC